AUGGAGAGUGUUGGACAGGUAGAAGCCCACCGUGGAAAGCGCAGAGCUGCAGAUCCGAUGAUGAACACAUUUCACAGCAGAAGUAGACAACCGAGCAAGAACCGAGCUUUCGAAAUGAGGAUAGAGACAGCAAGCCCCAAGUUGGCUGGCGCACAAGCAGGCCUAGAAGGCGAGACCAAACGAAAUAAUAAUAAUAAUGAUAAUAAUGAUAAUAAUGAUAAUAAUGAUAAUAAUGAUAAUAAUGAUAAUAAUGAUAAUAAUGAUAAUAAUGAUAAUAAUGAUAAUAAUGAUAAUAAUGAUAAUAAUGAUAAUAAUAAUGAUAUUCCAGUUUGUGAGUCUAGGCGAGAUUCUCGAAAUCUGCUUGCUUACUCUCUCACAAAGUGGUGUUCUUUGAGAAUGCAACACUGA